AUGUCUGACUGGGAGGAAGAGGACGACGCUGGAGGUGCAGUGGGUGUGCGGAGAGCCCCUGACAUCAGGCCAUGGGCGCCCCCGACCCAGUAUCCCAGUGAAUGGCGUGAGCCGACAUGGAGGAGACAAGAGGAAGACGGUGGCCAGGCCCAACGGUGGAACAGACAGGCGGCCCGGGGGGCAAUGGAGUUCAGGAGAAGGGAGAGUGGGCACGACGGUAAACCAAUGUGCUUCCGCCUGGACAGCUCGGUGGUCGGGCAGGUGAUAGGGCGUGGAGGUGCAAAGAUAAGGGAGCUAGAAGAGGUCUCUAGUUCAAGAAUAAAGAUUGUGAAGGAAGAAUACGAUUCAGUCAUAAAAAUAUUUGGAAACGACGAGCAACAAAGUAAAGCCAAAGCAUUGAUCGAUGAAAUUGUAGGACGAUGUGAGAGACCAGAGAGUGGAUGGGGCUGCAAGGACAGUUACACAUUCAGCUCCUCUGAAGCUAAGGAUCAAGGAAAACAAGUAAUAAACUGGACCUUACUCCGGGAAAAUAAGGAUAAAUAUGAAGCAAUGAAAUGGGCAGAUAUGCCUCCAAUUCAGAAGGCUUUCUACAAAGAAGCAUCAAGUGCUGCAUCAAUGUCUGAAGAGGAGGUAACAAGUUGGAGGAGGGAAAACAAUAACAUUAUAUGCAGUGACUUAAAGGAAGGCCAAAAGAGACAAAUUCCUAAUCCUGUACGUAGUUUUCAUGAUGCAUUUCAACCAUUUCCAGAAGUAAUGGAUGCACUAGAAAAUGCUGGAUUUCAAAGACCGACGCCUAUUCAGUCUCAGGCAUGGCCUAUCAUCCUUCAAGGAUUAGAUCUCAUUGGGAUUGCACAAACAGGCACUGGGAAAACACUGGCAUAUUUGUUGCCAGGAUUCAUUCACUUAGAUCUCCAACCAGUUCCCAGACAGCAACGUGAAGGACCGGGAAUGUUGGUUCUUGCUCCAACUCGUGAGUUAGCUCUUCAGGUGAAGGCUGAGUGUUCAAAGUACAGAUAUAAAGGGUUUGAAAGCAUUUGCAUUUAUGGUGGUGGAGAUCGUAAGAACCAAAUAAAUGUGGUUACAAAGGGAGUGGAUAUUAUAAUUGCCACUCCAGGGAGGCUAAACGACUUGCAGAUGAACAACUUUGUUACUCUAAAAAGUAUAACCUACUUGGUUUUAGAUGAAGCAGAUCGAAUGUUGGAUAUGGGGUUUGAACCACAGAUUAUGAAAAUAUUAAUUGACAUUCGCCCUGACAGGCAAACAAUAAUGACUAGUGCAACCUGGCCAGAAGGAGUUCGUCGUUUGUCCAAAUCAUAUUUAAAGGACCCAAUGAUGGUGUAUGUUGGGACUCUGGAUUUAGCUGCUGUCAAUACAGUAGAGCAGAAAGUUCUCGUUAUCGCAGAGGAGGAGAAGAGAGCGUUCAUGCUACAUUUUAUCGAUUCCUUAAAACCUGAAAAUAAAGUCAUCAUAUUUGUGGGAAAGAAGCUGAUUGCUGACGAUUUAGCCAGUGACUUCAGCCUUCAAGGAAUUCCUGUUCAGUCUUUACAUGGUAAUAGAGAGCAAUGUGAUCGAGAACAAGCACUGGAUGAUUUUAAAAAGGGCAGAGUAAGAAUAUUAAUAGCUACCGAUUUGGCGUCUCGUGGAUUGGAUGUGCAUGAUAUCACCCAUGUUUUCAACUUUGAUUUUCCACGUAACAUUGAAGAAUAUGUCCACAGAGUUGGUCGAACCGGGCGCGCAGGUCGCUCAGGUGAAUCCAUAACAUUGGUGACUAGAAAAGAUUGGAGAGUUGCAGGAGAACUGAUAACCAUUUUGGAACGGGCAAACCAAGAAGUCCCGCAGGAGCUGAUAGAGAUGGCUGAGAGGUAUGACCAGUUCAAGAAGAAGAAAGACGGCGAGAGAGACAUGCUUCCCCGUAAAGGGCGAUGGCGUGACAACUAA